AAAUUUUGGACUUGAAUUUGUGCACGCUGUACGUCUCUCUUUGGAUGAGACUCUGUGAUGCUUCCGGUUUCGUCAGAAUCUGGCAAUAUACAUCGAAGAGUGGCAAGAAGAACCUACUCUGCGAAUGGCAAGAAACAAGAUGGCGUCCUGAAAUAUGUCCUGAAGAUCAUAUAACAGAAGGUGGAAGUGAAUUUAAUCAAAUUCUUGCAAGUUCUUGUUCUUUGGAUGGUCAAAGAUUUAUCACAGCUGGAACUGACACUAAUAUUCGCGUGUAUGAGAUUUCGUCGCGAAAUUUAUUGGGAAACUGCCGAUCCUCCUAUCUCCAUGGGAGGAUGGAUGGACACGUUCGACGGAUAACGGCGCUCAAGUAUCAUCCUCGUGGAGUUGCUUCCCCAUUCUAUGCCCAUCUUUUUAUAUCCGGGGGCUGGGAUGAUUCUAUUCAGAUCUGGGAUGACCGAUAUGAACAUUCUAUUUGGUAUUGUUACAAGCAGCAGUACUUUGGCCCGCACGUAUGUGGGAGUGAUGCACUUGACAUCGAACCAGAAGCAAAUCACAUAAUCACAUCUUCUUGGCGGAGGGAAGAUUCCAUCCUUCAGGUAUGGCUUUUCAACGAGGACGCGGUCACAAACUUUUUCGAGACGGGCACCAAGGAACCAAUUCGUGGAAGUUUAUCUCCAGCUAUCUGCCAAAAGAAUUCUGAUCAGCAUUUGAUGCCUCUGGCUGAAAUCGUACAGAGCCAGUUUGAACUACCAACAAGUGGCUAUGUUGCACGCUGGCUUGGCACAAAGUUUAUGCUCUAUGGAGGCUCCGAUGAGAAUAUCCUCAAAAUAAUCGACAAAAGCACUCUCAACGUGAGUUGCCUAUCCUCCCUCUGCUCCUCCGACUUAAUUAUCACUCAAGCUUUUAUACAUUUUUCCUACGAAAUAGACGUAACAAGGGAAGGUGGGGUUCUAACAAUUUGGUCGGACACUUAA